GACGAAAGCCAUAUAGAGAUUGAUAGAGAUUGAGAUGCAUUGCGACCAAUCAUUGCUCGCCUCCUCUCUCUCUCUCCCUCUCUCUUCUCUCUCACUCUCUCUUUCAUAACAAGCGAUGCCUUCAUAUGAACGGCGAUUCACUUGUGUUUCACUUGUGAUUCACUUUUGAUUAUUAUAUCAAUUAAUUGAUUGUGAAUUCAAAAUGAUUGACAGUUUUGUUGUAAUUGUGUUAUAAUUGUGCUGUAAUUGUGUUGCCAUUGAUAGCGACGCCGACCGACAAAUAGCCACACAAUCGAUUAAUGAUUUGAAUAGUGAAUAGCGAUUGACGUAAAGACAGUGUUUCUCUUCAAUUACUGGGCUUUGAUUUUGUAAUACUUUUUGAGAUAUGAAUUCAAUUGUUAUCUGAAAAUUAAUAAACAUUUUGAUUAAUUAAAAGACAUAAUUGAAGGUCAGGACUAAUUAGGAAUUGAUCGCAACAAUGCCGGCGCUAUCGACCACAUACUACUCGUCGUCCGGAUACCCAUCCAACUCAUCCCUGUCUCGUAACGUGUCGUCCAGCUCUACCUUCUCAUCGGUGAGGCCGUACUCGAGUUCAGCCCUCAGCCAAAAGAGUCGCUCCUCGUAUGACUUGACGGCUUACCGGCCGUCAAAUUAUUUAAGUACACACUUGUCGUCCAUAUCGUCAUCAUAUAAGUCGCCCUCGACUUCCCUCUCAACCAAUACCUCAUCCUAUUUAUCCAAUCGCUAUUCCGCUGCUUCGGCUUAA